GCGGAUGGGGAGAAAAGGAACGAGUCAACCCUUUUAAAGGAACUUCGAUUUUCACUCCCAAAUUCGGCAAAGAGACGUUCAGUCGUUAAACUCUUCUCCUCCAUCCAUCCAUCCACCCAUUUCUCUCUCUCCCCCACCCCCUUUUGCGCUGUUUUCACUUCUUUCACUCCUUUUAUUCUCUCUGUUCUUCUUCUUCUCGGUCUCUCUGCUCGUCGUUUUCGUCUGUUUUCCCUUGAAAUUCGUCGACUUUGCGGGUUCUGCGAUCGUUUACGAAGCUUUUGGCCAUCUGGGUUUUCUUCCACCCGAAGUUAGAUUCGUUUUCUGCAGUUGGGAAUCAGACAUAUAUAACAUAAUGCAGGAAGAAACUAUCAGCGAUCCGUAUGGAGAAAUGGAGAUAAGCUUUGGCUAUCAGUGUAAUAAUGGCCAGACAGGUAUCGGUCAGACCGUCAGUGAUGGCAACGAGAUUCUUCCUGGGUUUAGGCUCCAAAGGACGAGCAGUUUCUCCUGUUUAUCCGGAGCUGCAUUGAGCGCAAACGCCACUUUGGCCAACACAAACAUCGGCAAUGGCAUCAUUGGGACAGCGAUCCUACCCUCUUUGGAUUCGCCCAAAUCCUUCCGGAAAGUCCCGUCCUCUCCCUCCCUUUCCAAGCUGGACAUGAUCUCGCCUUCUCUCCAUGGCAGCGGACGCGGCAUGUCGAGCUUCAGCUGCAGUGCCUCAACUAGCCCUAGUCCUCCAGACUCUGAGUCUUACUUCUUGAAAUCGAUGAGCGCUCCUUCUAGAAACGAAGGAUUUCUUAGUGCCACGGAAGUGCAAGUGGCCGGAGGUGCUGCAGGUGAAGACAGGGUCCAGGCCGUGUGCUCUGAAGAGAAUGGCUGGCUCUUCUGCGCGAUUUACGAUGGAUUCAACGGAAGAGACGCUGCCGAUUUCUUGGCAUGUACAUUGUACGAGUCGAUUGCUUUCUAUGUCCAGUUACUCGAUCGCCAGUUGAAGCAGAAGCUCACAAGGACGAUGCAGGAUAAUGACGAAAAACCAUACUCACACACAAAGAACAACGCUGUUUCCUCGAGGCUCCAUGGGUUGUUAUCGAAUAAUGAUGCUCAGUUGUCGAACAAAAUCGAUUCUUCCUCGGAUUUUUUCAGACAAGGAGUACUCGAUUGCCUUAGCCGUGCCCUCGUUCAGGCCGAGAACGACUUUCUGCGGAUGGUUGAACAAGAAAUGGAGGAUAGACCCGACUUGGUUUCCGUAGGUUCUUGCGUUUUGAUUGCUCUCCUUGUCGGAGAGGAUCUAUAUAUUCUUAAUCUGGGUGAUAGCAGAGCUGUUCUUGCUACAUACCGUGGAAACGAAGGGAACGAAAGGCUGAAAGCUGUUCAGCUGACCGAAGAUCAUUCCGUCGACAAUGAAACUGAGAAGGCUCGGGUUUUAUGCGAACACCCAGACGAUCCCAAGACAAUCUUUUCGGGUAAAGUGAAAGGGAAACUGAAAGUAACUCGUGCUCUUGGAGUUGGAUACUUGAAAAAGGAGAAAUUGAACGAUGCAUUGAUGGGAAUCUUACGGGUUCGAAACCUUGUGAGCCCGCCUUAUGUAUCGGUGGAACCGUCGACGAGAGUUCAUAGAAUCUCGAAAUCCGAUCACUUUGUGAUAGUAGCAAGUGAUGGAUUGUUUGAUUUCUUCAGCAACGAAGAAGCAGUGAGGCUCGUCCACUCCUUCAUCUCCAGCAACUCGGCUGGUGAUCCUGCCAAGUAUCUUCUCGAACACCUUGUAGCCAGAGCAGCUACUCGUGCCGGUUUCACCAUGGAAGAACUGAUGAAUGUUCCUGCAGGAAGGAGGAGGAGGUACCAUGAUGAUGUAACGGUGAUGGUCAUCAUCCUAGGCUCCAACCAACGCACCUCCAAAGCCUCCACCUUCAUUUGACCAUCACUCCCUCCCUUUUCCAUUAUCCAUAAGUCUGCAACUGCAUCUGCAACUGCAACUGUAUAUAUAUCCCCCCCCCCUGUAUUCAACAGUCUGAUGGCAUGUACUGCUAUCUCUCUCUCUCUCUAUAUAUAUAUAUAUGUAUAUGUCAGACAAAGUUUGGGUUUUUAAGUUUUGGUUAGAAUUCAUAGUUGUCAACCUCUCAGACGUGAGAAAGAAGAGGCUUGGAACUUUUUUUUUUUUGGGACAAUUGAUUUGUGCAAUGGAAAACAAUUGAUGAGUGACGAGACUCGGUUUUCUUUUUCC